AUAAGUAUGUAUAUAUAAAGAGUGAAGUCGUUUUCACGACAGAUGUAGCGGGAAGAAAGCCGCGUGACACACAAGACCUCAGGUUGAAAUUUCAUAUUUUCCCUCAGACAAAAUCAUGGAGAAUCUAUUUUAUUUUUUCUUGGCCGUUUCCAUUGGUGGCGCCCUUUCCCGUGACUGUAAAGGUCAGCCUGACGUGAUUUAUGAGCAUUCUUGUCUUACUGUCAGCAGGUGCAAAAGUGGCCAAGAUCUCCAUUAUAUUUGUAAACAUGGCGAAGCUAUCGAUAACAAAGAUGACUACCAGUGCAAGCCAAUACACACUGUGGCACCCCCAUGUAACAGAAUUAAUGACUGCAGUAAAAAGUCAGACGGAUCGUACCCCGAUGUUUCCGAAGGUUGUUCCAGCUAUUACACAUGUUUCAGACAUCAGUUCGUCGGUCGUAACUUCUGCCCGGGCGAUCUUCUUUUCCACCAAACUAAACAAGUCUGUAAUUAUAAGGAAAAUGUCACGUGCAAAUAAAAUCCAGCCGAACACACACACACACACACACACAGAUCAUUUAUGAACAUUCAGUAAUAAAAUCAGAUACUUUAUUACAAAAUUUAA